UCCAGCACCGCGCUCCCUCAGCCCCCUCAUCGCGGGAUGGCGGCAGCCGGCGGCGUUCGCGGCUCCGGGCUGGCUUCGGCACCGGCCAGCGCCGGCGACACCUCCCUCCUCGGCAGCGCCACAACGUGGCCCUUGAAGCGCUACGGUCGCUUCCUCCCCCCGAAGGACGGUGACGAUGAGGGGCAAAACACCUCUUGGAAGGUGUUUGAAUCAAAUGAAGAAUCAGGCCCUCUUGUCCUUACCAUUGUGGUGUCUGGCCAUUUCUUUAUUUCCCAAGGACGAACAGUGCUGGAAGGCUUUUCCCUGAUUGAUUCCCACAAGUGGCUGAAGAUAGUGAGGAGAGCGGAGUGCCUGCUGCUCCGGGCACAGGCCAAGAACGAGUGCCGCAUGUUCCGUGUGCAGUUCGGGGGGAGCUCCAGGGAGGAGAUGCAGGAGCACUGCUGCAGCUGUGUCCAGAAACUCAGCGAGUACGUCCUGGUGCAAGGGGCUGAGGACCAGAGCCAGCAGCUGUGCCACGGCCUCAGCCAGGACACCCAGGGCAUGGACACUGAGCACGCACCAGAUGAGCCUCUCCUAGAUUCCUGCACAAGCCUUGGAGAAAGAAGAUCUGUAGCACAGCUAGCACAGCUGGUGCUGCGGCAGCAGCCGGAGCUGCCCCCGGCACUGCAGCACCCGGCGUGGAGCGCCCGGGAGCUGGGGCCCUUCAUCCGCCUCUGCCUCAUGGACCAGCACUUCCCAGCCUUCGUGGAGGACGUGGAGAAGGAGCUGCUCAAACUCGCCGAAGAAUGAGGCACGCUCAGUGCUCCUUGACACAGCUCUGGUGAUUAAAGGUUGGAAAUCAAGGCCUA